CGUAUAUGGUACAGUUUAUGCAAAAUGAGAGAAUUUCAAAUAGAACCAAAGACAGCAUAACUUACAGAGGUUUAUUAGUUUUUUGUUUUUUUUUAAAUGGUUGAAUUAGAAAUCUAGGACUGUUGUAACUGUAUUGGAACUUUUGUAUCAAAACAAUUAGUUUUGAACUGGAAAAAUUGUUACGUAGAAUGAAGACAUUAAAGUUCAUUUUUACUGCAUUGGUAUGCACCAUUUCUAUCAGUCUGUUGGCGAUGGAAAAGUGGAGUAACCAUAGUUUGGAUAAGUUCAAAACACCUACAUUUUACUAUCAAAAGACAGAUGAAACUGCAACUCCUGCAUUACCAAAGCAGAUAAAAGCAAGCACAAUAUAUGUAAACACAACUUCGGACGCUUUUUUGGACGAAACAAACAGUUCUAUACUACUGGCACUUAACGGACUCCGUUAUUUUGAUAAAUAUGGCGAAGCAAUACAAGGUGAAGUGAAAACCAAGCAACCGUAUUUGUAUGAUGCCGUAUACAACUGGACCACUUACAUGCCAGACCUAGCACAGUCAUUGGCAAAGCUAACAUCUGCGAAUAGUGAAAACAAGCCAAAUUUACACACAUGUCCAAACUACACUCAAGUGACCGUCGAAUCAAAUUUGAAUUUAACAGUGGGCAACAGUUUUUCUGCAACAAUCCGAGCAUUCAAUUGUAGAGGGAAACCGAAAACGUUCGGUGGAGAUUAUUUCCGUGCUCGAAUUAUUAAAACAGAGGAUGUAGGUUUCAUUCGACCUAAUGGGAUUGCCUGCAAUAUAAUAGACAACAACGAUGGCUCUUACGCCAUACGCAGUUCGCUACCCAUUCCGGGUGCAAUGGUUUUAGAAGUCGUCCUUGUUAGUUCUGUUGAACAAAUUGGUAAAUUAGUCAAUGUUACCGGACAGAGGCGGUUUUCUGGUACAAGUUACUCUGCAGAAUUAUCAAGCGGUGAACAGGUCGAGUGUAACGUGGACUUAACAGUAUUUGGAAUGUACAACUCGUCGACUCUCUGCGAUUACUCUAACCCACGAAAUAAAGAACCAUGGUUUUGCAGUAAACCAAACUCUGGCAAUUGUUCUACACUAACGUGGGUCACUUUUUUAAUAACCACCGAUGAGCCUAUCCAGCACAAAGCUUUUAUCGGUUACAUCAUGGCCCACGGUCUUGACCAAAACGUUUCCAGUCACCAUCUCACAGUUUCAGGAAAAUACGUAAAGGACCAACUACCCCACUGCUCUAUAAAAUUAUCUUCAAAAAGCGGAUUUGCUUCCUCAUGGUUAUUUUUUAAAUCGUUAUUUUGUGGCUACGAGCUGAAUCGAGACGGUAUCUUUCCAUGUUUUCAAAACAAGAUUGUUUACUUUCUCGGCGAUUCCACUGUAAGACAAUACUUCGAAUUUGUCACCGAUUUAAAGAAACUUGAAUUGUUUGGUCCUGAUUCGAAAAAGGUUUGGCAGCAACCAAAAGUAGCGUUUGACGAUGAGUACAAUGUCACGUUUUAUUAUCGUGCUCAUGGACCCCCAUUACAAAACCCUGGACCACCGAGUAGCCGUCCUUAUAUAAGUGACGUAUUAGAUGAAUUAUCUGGCGGGCCUAAUGUCUACGUUCUAAUCACAAUAAGCAUCCAUUUAUACUAUUACGAGCCUUCUGUUUUCAUUCACCGAGUCAUAGGAAUACGGGAUGCAUUAAAACGACUCGCCACAAGACACCCUGGUACAAAAGUUAUCAUAAAAGGAAAUAACGUACUGGCUUCUCCUCAAGAAUGGCUGGGACUUAGAUACGAUACUAUUAUGUCAAAACUGUUUAAAAAUAUUGACUCUGUUAUAUUCUUACGAUUAUGGGAUAUCACAUCUGUUUGGCCGUUGAACGACUAUCAUCCUGCGGGCCCAACUUUAGCUGAAGAAAUUCUUUAUACUUUCAAAUUCUUCUGUGACAAUCAGUGA